CAAAGGGCUCCUCCUGCCCCCGGCCGGAUGGGCAUCACGUGGCCCUCAAUUAGCAGACCAGGAAAAUUCCAUCCCUUGCACACUUAGCCUCACAUACCCAUCUGCUCCCUCACCCUGGCACACUUAGCCUCCCUUACCCACUUUCUGCAUUUACCCCUGCAUGCUCCUGGCACACUCUUCUCCACCUCUCUCACGGCCACAUAGCCAGCCUUUCCCUUCACCCCCUCACUGAUCGCCACAGACAUACCAUGUCCCUAGGGCCACUGAAAUUCCAGGCGGUGGGAGAGGAGGAGGAGGAGGAGGAGGAAGAGAGCUUAGACUCGGUGAAGGCACUGACCGCCAAGCUCCAGCUGCAGACCCGACGGCGGUCAUAUCUGGAGUGGACUGCCAGGCUCCAGAGCCGGGCUUGGUGCGGGGCACAAGCUAGACCGAAGGCGGGGGGACCUCGGUCCAUCUGUGGCUUUGACUCCGUGGAUUCUGCACUUGAGUGGCUCAGACGGGAGCUGCAGGAGAUGCGGGCGCAGGACCAGCAGCUGGCAGGGCAACUGCUGAGGCUGCGGGUCCAGCUGCACAGACUGAAAAUAGACCAAGCUUGUCACCUACACCAGGAGCUUCUGGAUGAGGCCGAGAUGGGGCUGGAGCUGGAGUCUGGGACAGGCCCCGCUCUGGCCCCGCCACUGCGGCAUCUGGGACUCACACGCAUGAACAUCAGUGCCAGGCGCUUCACCCUCUGCUGAGGGCGCUCCGGGGUCCCCCGGACUCUCUGGGAAGAAGGAAGUAGGAGGGGCCGCAGAGGGUUGGCGCUUGCUGGGGGAGAGGGCACGCUUGGGUUUCUGAAAGCUCAGUUCAGAGAGCUUAAAGACCUAGGGUGAGGGGAAGAGAGGGAGUUUAGGCCCCAAACUGUUUAAUAAAAACACAUGGUAUCCCUUU